UUGGUAAAGCUCUCUCAGCUGCAAGAUAUCGCAUUGAUAACUGAAUGUGAAGAAUCCUAAUUUUUGGAAAGAUCUCUCACUUUCUUGUUUUGGAAUCGUCAAUAGUUUUUGGCUUUAAUCACUAACUGACUAAGCGGUGUCUUUCUUUGUGGAUUUGCGCACUGUUUGGCGGCUGAGAGAAUUCAGGAAAAGAAAACAGACUGAAAUUAUAAUUCAUUAUCAUUAUCACUAUUUUAAGACCUGAGAGGAUUGGAAGUUCAUAGCUGUCGUUUUCUUUCGUUUUCUCAGCAGUCAAGAGAAUGGUCACUGUUUUGAUGGUGUUGUCUACUUAUGUAGCUUCAGAUACUAAGUGACAAAGGCCUUACAUUCCUUCACAUUUAAUGCAAUUUUUGGCUAGUUUAGGCUCUGUUUGAUUACUGAGAAAAUGCAAGAAAGUUAAAGCAAUAAUAGUUGUGAAUCUUAGUCUUUGAAGCAUUUAAAAUUUUAAGAAGAAAGGAGUGGGAAAAAUCCAAUACUGCUUGUUGGCUUAGUUGAAUCGAGGUUAACCGUACUCUAGGCCAAAAAAAAAAGAGUUAAAAAGGCACACAAAUUAAAUUCCUUUUGUUUUUAAAUGAAUCAUAUUGAAUUUCUUUUCUCAGUAUCCAAGUAAAGGUUUAUGGUUUUUGUUCUUCUUUUUAUUCCACAAAGAAAAUGAGACUUCUGUUUUCUUGAUUAAUGUUGGAAUCAGUGCUCAAAGAGUUCAAACUGACGUGCUUAUGAAGCACCUUGGUGUAAAUAAGCCUGAUUCAAUUUCCCUAAGAGGUCUUCUGCAGUUCUGCUUAUGUUGAGUAAUCGAUACUAUUGAAACAAUGUGGUUCAAUCUUUUUAGUGAAGUAAUAUAGUCCAAGAAACCAAUGGAGGAAAGCAGCAACAGAGGGGAUUUUAGACAGUCAUCCUUUAAAUCAAGUGGCAGUGUUAAGUCCACAUUGUCAGGAAGGUCGACUCCUCGGGCUUCUUCGUUUCGUAGAUUGAACACAAGCCGAACUCCGCGAAGAGAAGGUAGAAGUGGUGGAGGUGGUAUACAAUGGUUUCGAAGUAAUCGGUUGGUGUAUUGGUUGCUAUUGAUUACUCUUUGGGCGUAUCUUGGGUUUUAUGUUCAGUCUAGGUGGGCUCAUGGUGAUAACAACAAAGCAUUUAUGGGUUUUGGAAGUAAACCGAGAAAUGAGAACUCAGAUACUGAGCAGAAUCUGCGAAGGGAUUUGACUGCCGUAGAUGAUAUCCUGGCAUCCAAUAAUGAGACUACUGAGAGUCAGGCUGGAGAUAGUAUAGAUGCAGUUUUGGAUUCAUCAAAAAAAAUUAUAGAUGCAGUUUUGGCCAAAAAAGGGAAUGGCAUUUCAUCUAAUAGAAAUGUAAAGUCAAGGAAGAGAAAUAAAAGAGCACGUAGUUUGCGUGGUAAAGUACAUGGUAGGAAGAAGACUUCGGUGCAGGUUGAAAGCCAUGACUUGGAGGAUCAGGAACCAGAAAUUCCUAAGAAAAAUGCUUCUUAUGGGUUGCUUGUUGGUCCAUUUGGCUCGACGGAGGAUAGAAUUUUGGAAUGGAGUCCUGAGAAGCGUUCUGGAACCUGUGACAGGAAGGGAGACUUUUCACGCCUUGUUUGGUCUAGGAGAUUUGUUUUGGUAUUCCAUGAACUAUCAAUGACUGGGGCUCCAAUUUCAAUGAUGGAAUUGGCAACAGAGCUUUUGAGUUGCGGAGCUACAGUUUCUGCUGUAGUUCUUAGCAAAAAGGGUGGGCUGAUGUCAGAGCUAACUAAGAGAAGAAUCAAGGUGCUUGAUGACAGAGCUGACCUCAGCUUCAAAACAGCCAUGAAGGCAGAUCUUGUCAUUGCUGGAUCGGCGGUUUGUGCAUCAUGGAUUGAACAAUAUAUUGCUCGUUUUCCAGCUGGUGCCAGUCAAGUUGGUUGGUGGAUAAUGGAAAACCGGCGAGAGUACUUUGAUCGGGCAAAGGUUGUCCUUAACCGAGUGAAAAUGCUGAUAUUUCUCUCUGAAUCACAGUCUAGACAGUGGCUAAACUGGUGUGAAGAAGAAAAUAUUAAGCUGAGAUCUCAGCCUGCACUUGUUCCACUUGCUGUUAAUGAUGAACUAGCUUUUGUAGCUGGCAUUUCUUGUUCACUGAAUACUCCAUCUUUCAGCACUGAGAAGAUGCGAGAAAAAAGGCAGUUGUUAAGAGAUUCAAUCAGAAAGGAGAUGGGGUUGAUGGACAAUGAUAUGCUUGUAUUGUCUCUGAGUAGUAUAAACCCUGGAAAAGGCCAGUUCUUACUUCUUGAAUCAGCACGCUUGAUGAUUGAACAAAAACCUUUGGACAAUAAUUCUAAGAUAAAAAAUCCAGUGAAUAUAGCCCAAGACCAAUCUAACAUGGCUAAAAAACAUCAUUUAAGAGCGCUGCUUCAAAAUUUGAAUAAUGUUGGCAUGUCCUCAAAUGAAUUGCCUGCUUCAAAUGAGUCCUUUAUCGGGUUGAAGUUAUCCAAGUGGAAAGCCUUGCGGUUACAUAGUCCUUCAAAUGACACAGAUGCUGUGAGCUUUUAUGUUUCUCAAGGAAUAAGGAAAAUGUUGUCUGUUAUUGGAGGAACACAGGAACAGACGCUUAAAAUUCUUAUAGGCUCUGUUGGAUCUAAGAGCAAUAAGGUGCCUUAUGUCAAAGGACUUUUAAGAUUUUUAUCCCAGCAUUCAAACUUGUCAAGGUCAGUGCUCUGGACUCCAGCAACUACACGUGUAGCCUCACUUUACUCUGCGGCAGAUGUUUACGUCAUAAAUUCCCAGGGAUUGGGAGAAACAUUUGGGAGAGUGACAAUCGAAGCAAUGGCAUUUGGUCUUCCGGUGCUUGGAACAGACGCUGGGGGCACAAAAGAGAUUGUCGACCACAAUGUAACAGGUCUCCUUCAUCCUGUAGGGCGCCCGGGAACUCAUGCCCUUGCUGAAAAUCUCGGGUUUUUGCUCAAAAACCCUUUGGCAAGGGAGCAAAUGGGGAAGGAAGGAAGAAAGAAGGUACAGAGAAUGUACUUGAAGCGGCACAUGUACAAGAAAUUUGUAGAGGUACUCGUCAAUUGCAUGAAAACCAAAUAAACAUUCUCAUUCUUUUAUUGUAAGGAAUAUUAAAGGAAGCUGUGGGUAUCAACAUUGUAUACCCCGGCUGAAUUGGUUUGAAAGAUUACCUAGUGUUAUGAAAAGGCUUCUAAUUUCAUCAAAA